CAUGUACGGCCACGUCCCUGUGCAUCUGUCUUCCAUCGCUCCAGGCACAAAUCUGCCUUGGGCCAUGUACUCUCCAUCGCCACACUCUGCCAUGUGCCACUUUCAGGUUCUCACUCACACAAACUGCUGGGUUCCAUUUUGUCAUAGGGUGCUGGCAGAUUACGGGCCUCCCAUUGCUGCUGCCAGGCCUUAAUCUGCCAUGGGCCCCUGUACCGCCUCCUCAUGCUGCUGCCAGGUCCACAGUGUCUCAUGGGUCCCUGAACCGCCUCCAUUGCUGCUGUCUCCAUCGCCACACUCUGCCAUGUGCCACUUUCAGGUCUCCUCACACUGCUGGUGUGUUCCAUUUUUUGUC